UGAAGGAGCCGAUCUUUUAGACAUUGAGAAAGUUCCUGAGAAUUAGUCGAGAUCGGAAAGGGUUGAAUUGCUUGAGCAGGUGUGUAAAGGUGACAAUGCAAUUAUAGUUUGCGCUUUUUGGGGGGGGGGGGGGGGUACCAUUUGUAAGGCCCAGCUCCCUCCAUGUUUAAGUGCUUCCCCCAAAGCUGUUGAAAAUAGGCAUGGAGCACUGUUGUUACAACUCCUCACUUACAGUCGGUUCCUCGAACUAAAGCAAGCGCAAACUUGAAGUUUAUCGCCCUGAGCACUAAUGUGUCCAGGGAUGAGGCUCCGAGAAUUAGUGAUUGGACAGAUCUUAUGCGGCUUGCAUGCAUGUCACUGAAACGUCGAGAGCACAUUUGUGCCCUCCUUCCCACGACUUCAACUAUUUCGUCCUGAUUGAAACAAUCCCAUCUUCAUCAUUAUACAAGUUAUUUUCAUCUUGGUAACCUCAUCGGGCACAACAUGAAAACUCCAGCAGUUCCUCGAAGGCGCGCUGACUCAAUCUCUGCUGGGGGGAUUGGCGAGGCUGGCCCUUCUGCAUUUUGUGGGAUUGAGUGUGCCGAAGAGAGCGAUAGUAGUUUGAAAAAGAGGGAGGGGCGAGAUAGUUACGAACGAUACCCCGAACACGCAUACCCUUUCGCAAGUCCAUUUUACGGAACCCAGCAUUCAGUCUCAUCAUCAACAUCAGCACCACUUUACCAAAAUGCAGGGUUGAGUUCUGGUCGCAUGGACUUUACACACGGCUCUGAGAUGAAUAAAGGAGGAGACGACGUGGGCAUGGAGACUCAAAGACUUGCGUCUGAUGGCCAAAUACGUCGAGAGAGAGCAAUAUCUUCCAAACAUGGGAGCAUCAGUCGACAUCAAUCUUUCGAAUGCUUUUGUGGAGAUCAAUUCUCCCAACUCGAUGCUCUCGUUCACCACCUCGAACCGACUGGUACCAUUGGUCUGAAAAAUCCUUGCCAACAAUUCAAAAAUUCUUUAGGUCCUUAUGGAGUCAAAAACGUGGAUCACUUGAGGCAGGGCAUUAGUAACUAUUAUUAUCAACAAGAGGUGAAAGAGGAGGCCACCGUGGCGGCACCGCAGGUCUUCGGUCAAGGUGACUCGUCCUGUACGCCAAAAUUGAUGGCCACCGAUACCAUUUCUAAAUGGAGUGAUACCAUUGCUAAAUGGGUCGCGGUAUCUUCGCAGUCAGCGCCGUCGAUAAUGACCUCGAGAAGCCAUGCCAAUGUUGUCUUAACAGGACCAUUACUUGACAAAGAUCGACUCUUUCCGGUCCCACAGCUGACUGGAUGCAUUCCUACAGUCCACGAAACGAGCAGCUCCUUUCCCUUGAAUACUAGUUCAAUAGAGAACAAGACCGGAACUGAGCAGUUUCCAAAUGAACUGGAGGAAGCCAAGGACGCAAACAACCGCGCAAUAGCCAGCGCCAAGCCACCCUCCUCACGAGCAGUAGGUUCCUUAGAAGAGGUCUCUAUUAGUAUCGACUCUCGGAUAUCUUCAAUCGAUCCCGAUCUCUCAGAUUGCGAAUCAACUGAGUCUGAGUCUGCUUGGAUGUCUGAUUACUCCAACAUUCCAUUGCUGAGCCAAAACCACCCAUUUAUGUUUGUCAAGCCCAUUGUUGUUCAAGAAGGACUCUUGGCAUUUGAGAAUUCAAAGCAGUCCCAGCAAACCGGCUCUGACAACACAACAGCCAAAAAUCCACCAAAGUCAUCAUGUGGAACAAAUCAGGUUCCCACAACACGGCAGAAGAGAACUCGUGGAAAAGGGGGUGGCAGUGAAGAACCGAGAGAGAGCGAGGAUGAUGAAGAGCUUCCAGCCAAGCGGUCGCGAACCUCGAAAAAAGCGUCCGGAAAUCACACUUCAUUCGCCUGCCCAUUCGCGAAGAAGAACCCACUCAAGUACCGAAGUUGCUAUUCCUACGUAUUGAAGCGGAUUCGAGACGUGAAGCAGCAUCUUUCCCGAUUCCACCAACUGCCAAUUUACUGUCCUCGCUGCGCAUGCGCUUUCGACGUCGAAGAUGACCGCGACGAACAUAUCAGGGCAUCUUCGUGUCUGGUCCAGAACACCAUUGUUCACGAAGGAAUUACAAGGGCACAGAAGUCACAGUUAGGACAAAGAGCACCUUCAAAGAUGUCUCCAUCGGAUCAGUGGUUUAACGUCUUCGAUAUCCUUUUUCCUGGCCACAACCCAAGACCAAAAUCCGCGUACAUGAACGUUGAAUUGACGGAAGAGCUGGAGGCUUUUCAAGACCUGAUGUACGUUGAAGGGUCGAGUAUUAUUUGGGAGGCAAUAAGAUCGAGCGGACUCGAUGUCUCUGUCAUGGCAAAUGUGGAGGAUGAUGCAGCAGCAUUGCUCCAUGCAGCAAUUCAAGAGGGCCUUCAACAGAUUUUCGAGCGGUGGUCAGCAAACAUGCCAAGUGUUCUACAAGAUCCGCCUGCUCCGAGAGGGACUGCUGCGGAAGGAUCGUCAAGUUCCCAGUACCCACAAGCAAAUGAAGGGUUAGGACUUUCAAGGUCGUCAUCCGACACCAUUUUUGAAAACUCUGUAGAAGCGAGCACCACUGCCGUUCUAAAACCUCAUUUUGAUAAUCGCGAGAUAAAUCAAGAGAGCAAUUGUCAAUUGCCUACACAGGCACAGGCACAGGAAAUUUCAAAAUAUCCAGAUCUGGUUGCAGACACAACCCAGCCUGGCAAUCGUCGACAGCCAGCUGCUGCUGCCUCCUUAGCCUCGAAUGAAGAUCAGCGAUACUCGGAACCCACACUUGAUGCUGAUAUGGGAGAUGCAGAUGACCUCUGGGAAGUAAAUAAGUAUGGUGAGUGUUUUGAAUGGGAUGAUGAUUGCCUCCCUCGCAGGACUCAAAUGGCCGUAGAUUCUGGGUCUUUUGAUACCGAAUUCGUCGAAACGUGGGGCAUUUAGGAAACAACCUCUUACUGGCUUCAGAUAGUGAUUGAAUCCUGUUGAGGUAUUCUUCUCUUGGAUUACUCAUGAAUGGACCUGUCUUCCAUCCAAAUUUCUCCUCGUGAACGGGACUCUGCAAGGGAAUAGGAAACGAGAGGGUUCCAAUCCUCUAACCUACUUCUUCUGCAGUCCC